AUGGACUCAGACGAAGGUAAGCUGUUCAUAGGAGGGCUGGCCUGGGACACCACAGAGGACAAGCUCACCGACUACUUCAACCAGUACGGUGACGUCACCCAGACCGUCAUCAUGCGCGACAAGACCACUGGCCGGCCCAGGGGCUUCGGCUUCGUUGUCUUCUCUGAUCCCUCUGUGCUCGAUAGGGUCCUCAACGACAAGCACACCAUUGAUGGCCGAGUGGUGGAAGCAAAAAAGGCUUUAUCAAGAGAAGAACAGCAGACAUCCAAUAGAAGUGGAAAUUUUAAUACCACCAGAAGCUCUGGUGGGGGAGGAAAUUUUAAGACCAAGAAAAUAUUUGUUGGAGGAUUGCCUUCCACACUGACAGAAGAUGGAUUUCGUCAAUUCUUUGAAAAUUAUGGCACUGUCACUGAUGUAGUAAUAAUGUAUGACCAGAAUACUCAACGACCCCGUGGUUUUGGUUUCAUAACAUUUGAUACUGAAGAUGCAGUUGAUAGAGUACUACACAAGAACUACCAUGAGUUGAAUGGUAAACUUGUAGAGGUAAAGCGAGCACUUCCUAAAGAUGCAAAUCCUGGUGGUGGGGGCCGUGGUGGGGGUUUUCAAGGUUACAAUGCCUCUGGUGCCAGUACAAAUGCAUUUGAUGGCCGCAUGGAUGGCAAUAGGUACAUGCAGCCACAAACUACAGCAGGUGGUUUCCCUCCAUAUUCUGGUUAUGGUGCACCAGGGUAUGGUUAUGGGGCGGCAAAUACUGGGGUUGGUUAUGGAGGUUAUGGAAGUUAUGGUCUUGGUGGUUAUGGAAGUGCCAAUACUGGUUUUGGUGGUCCUGCAGGAUCAUAUGGAAAUCCGAAUGCCCCUAAUGCUGGUUAUGUUAGUGGGGCACCUGCUGCAUUGAAAAGUACUUGGAGCAACCAAACUCCUUCUGGGUAUGGUGCUUCUGGUUAUGGGGCUGCAGCUCCUUGGAGUGCUCCUGGUGGAAGUGGUGCUCCUUCUGCUCCAAGGGGUCAAUCCCCAAGUGGGGCCUCUGGUUACGGAAAUCAAGGUUAUGGGUAUGGAAAUUAUGGCGGGAGUUACGCUUCUUAUCCUGGUGGAUACGGGAGCUCUGGUGGGCGUGGUGGAAGUACCCCAACUAGCAACUCUGGUGGUAGUGCUAGCGGUGGAGAGCAACAAGGGACCCGUGGUGGCUACAUGGGGAGUGGCUAUGGCGACACCAAUGGAAAUUCAGGGUACUCUAAUGCAUCAUGGAGAUCUGAUCCUUCACAGGCCACUGGUGGCUAUGGUGGUUCUCAGUCCAGGCAGGCCUAA